AGUUUUGCUGACAAUCCUCAGUAUGCGGGCAGCGUAUAUGCGGACGAGAAUACGGUAGAGGGUGAUGGAAAAUGUACGAUGAUAGUGGCAGUGAUGCAGAAAUAUCGACGAGAAUUACAAUGCAAGGGCUUGGAUAAUCUGGCAAUUGGGUUUUCAAUCUACAAUUGCGAUCAUUUGAGGGAACGUAUGGGAAGACGCUUCUUCGAAACAGAACAUGUAUUUGCGAGUACUAAAGCGUUUAUAAAUCGCAGAGAAGCAACGCUGAGGUUCCGAGGCCCACCUGGUGGUUAUUUAAUAGUGCCGUCAACGUUUGAUGCAGGUGAAGAGGCGGAAUUCCUUUUACGAGUUUUCGCAAAUGGACCAAUUCAAUGGAGGUGA